GGAGCGGCCGAGAGGACAGGAGCGUGCGACCUGACAAAGAAUCGUCUGCAAUGGAAGCAGUUAAGGACGUGACGGAGACAGUGACUGUGGACCUGGGUGCACUCCUGGACGCCGGGGACGACGCCAUGGUGAUACUCGAGGCAGGUGACACUCGGCUGGUGGCACACAGGGCCGUCCUCGCGGACAGGAGCCCCGUGUUGGCGGCCAUGUUCGCCCACGACACCCUCGAGACGAGCACCGGCGUGGUGCGGAUUGCCGACGUGGAGGGCCCGGUGCUGAGGCAGCUGGUCUCCUACCUGUACACCCUGCGGGCCCCCCAUAUGCCUGGCACGGCCCCCCAGCUGCUGGCCGCAGCGGAUAAGUACGGGGCGUCGCGGCUGAAGGCGGAGUGCGAGCGGCAGGUGGCCGCUCAGCUGACUGUUGAGACCGCAGCAGCCGCAGCCGUACUCGCAGUCCGCCACUCCUGCAGUGACCUCAAGCGCGCUGCACUGGCGUUCAUUAAGACCUGUCCGUUCGAGGUGAUGGCCACUCAGGGGUGGGCAGAUGCGAUGCGGAAGCAGCCGGAAGACUUGAUCGAAGUGAACCGACUGCUGUACGACCCACCACCAAAAAGCAGCGCACCAGUCGUUACGGAGCUGAGUACCACAACCAGAACCACCACCACCUCCGCCGCUGCCGCCACCUCUGCCAGCGCACCUCGCCAGACACCUGCUGCUGCGCGGCCCACGACUCCUCCACCUGAUAAGGCCACAGUCUCUCGAAUGCGGAGCCUCUCUGCAGAGGAGAGGGCCAGGAGGCUGAUCCAGGCGGCUGAGCAGGGAGCAGUGGGGGAGCUGAGUGUGCUGAUCGCCGCAGGGGCCGACGUGGGGGCGAGGGGCGAGGGUGGGUGGACCGCCCUGCACUGGGCAGCGUACAGGGGAGACGUCGAGGCGGCGAGGCUGCUGGUGGGAGCGGCGGUCGACGCCAGGGACAGCAGGGGGUGUACGCCGCUGCACUGUGCGGCAGCCUAUGGCCGCGCAGAAGUGGCGGCUGCGCUGCUCGACGCGGGGGCCGACAGGGGAGCCACAACUGGUGAUGGGCGGACAGCGCUGGACAUCGCCAGGCAGUACAACAGGAGGCGGCUGGUGGAGAUGCUGUCAUGAGGCAGACAGUCCAGCGAACUCUGUGCAAAAAAACAGGAGAACUGAAAGAGUUUGUAGGAGAGCAAUAUUCAUAAUUUUUUAAAUAAAGAUCCAAAAAAUUCAAUCCUA